AUGAUCCGUUUAUCAUCCGUUCCGCUAACGUCCGUUUUUCACCAAAAUAUGUAAAAAAUACAAAUUCACCAAACUUUAAUAUGUAUGCAAUAUGCAUACAUAACAAUAACCUUUCACCCAGGUAGUGUUUUUAUUCCCAAGUCACAUGUUCCCAGCACAUGCUGCCCAGUUCCUGGACAUUAGAGCAAUUCCCUGUGUGUGAUUGUCCUCCUUAAUUAAUAAAAUGGCAAAGGAUGUUAGCCAAGAAGAGCUAAUACACCUGGUACAUGAUCGCCCUGCAAUAUGGGAUAAGAGAUGUGGAGACUAUAGCAACCGAUAUGUCUCUAACAACAAAUGGGAGGAAGUCUUUCAGGCGGUGACACCUAACUGGCAAACACUAAAACAAAAUGAAAAAUUAGAACGUGGAGAGAGUAUCGUCACCCGCUGGCGCUCAUUGAGAGACCGUUAUAGGAGAGAUUUGAAGGAGGAGACAAUGUCCCGCAGUGGAGCUGGAGCCUCCAAGUACAAAAAGGGUGCAUUUUUUGAAAUGCUGGAUUUCCUGCGUAACGUGAUGAGCCUAAGAAGUACAGCCACUAACAUCAGUGAAACGGAGGAGGAAACAGAUACUGAAUUUUCGCAGCCAGAUCCCAUGGGAGAAACAGGAGUCACAGAAAGUGAGGCAGCUGAAGAUGCCACUAGAGCUGCAAGACCGAUUCCACCAACCACAAGUGUGCCUAUUCGUUCAGUUGGUUCAACUGUGAGAAAGCGUCCACAAAAAAACAAAUUAGAUAACGCCAUGCUGAGCUUCAUGGAGGAGAUGAAAGCAAGAAGACCUGACUCCAACGAUCCUUUUUUGGACCCUAACAACGAGGACGCUUUAUUCCUAAGAAGCCAGUACCACCUGCUACAAAAAAUGAAUCCGGAUCGAAAACUUGAUAUGCGCCUGGCAAUUGGCCAGUAUAUCGGUACUUGUCUGAAGGCUUCUAUGUCAGGAGACCCUGUGCCCCAAGUUAUCUCCCCUUCCCAACGCCAAUUCUACCCCGAUCACCCACCACCAGCUCCCUACACUCACCGAUUCCAACCCAGCCCUAUACCCCAUCAUUACCGUGCCCCUGCCUCCACUGCCCAAAAUUUUCCAGUCCCACCCCAGGCACCCAACUAUGAUCCCUCUCCUUCCCAGGGGACUUCACGAUCUGAUUCCUCCCUUUUCCCCACCCCUUAUUAUCAAGAUCUAUAAUUUUAUUUUUUUUGGAAAUUUUUGAUACGAUACUUUAAUAAAUUGAUUUUUGCCCCUUUU